UAAAAAUGGAAGAGAAUCCUACUUUGGAUGAAAACUCACUUCCAUCCACAUCGGCACCACCAGAGCCAAUUCCAGAGCAUAAGGAACAUACGGAAGAACCAAAAAGACCUGCUCGCCGUCGUUCCUCGCUUGGCAUCAAAAUCAUGAGCUCAUUCAUUAGUUCCGGCUCCGAAGACGUGAUGAGCCCCGUUCAAAAGCGUGUACAGCCGAAACGAAUGGCUCAGCUGAAAAUCGCGCCGCUACCGUUGGUUCAGCCGCCGCCACCACCGAGAACUCGUGCUUGUCAGCGGCCGAUUCGAUAUUCGUUCGACGUUGGAGAACGUGUCGCCGUGAAGCCAUGCCUCAAAUCCGCCACCAAAACGCCGAUUCGAGUUCGUCCAGCUGACGGUGCGAUGAUCCCGCCACGAAAAUCGCUGACCCAGCAGGCCGCUCAACGUGUGAUGCAGAAAUAUCGUAGAAGCAUGUCGAAAACGCCGCAAAAGCGUGGAACAUCGGGAAAACUGAAGUUCAACAAGAUAUGCUCGAUUCGAGUGAUAACGCCGAGGCCCAAUUAUAAUCCAAACGAUUUGGUGAUGCCACACUCGGACGAUGAGGAGGACACGAUGAAUCCGAACAGAGAACGCCUCAGCACAGUAAAACUCCGAUUGACACCUACGUCACAGGCAAAGCUCGAGCAAAUGCAAUCGGAGGACGUUUUCCAAUUCAACGCGGAAAUGGUGUUCGGCGACGGAGGAGGAGGCUCUGCACCAUCCACGUCAUCAAUUGCAUCCUACUCGGCUGAAUCUGUGACGGAGACCGCACUUGAGUCGGUGAACACGAAAUCGGUGGAAUCGAAAACGCGACCAUCAUCACGCCGGAAAUCUCUCAUCCUCGGCGCAGCGUCACCUCUGAAGUCGCCAGCGAAAAUUGAGAAGCCGAGAUUGGAGGAGCCAGAGCAAAAAUCCAAGCGAUCCCGUAGAUCGCUUCGUCUGAAUCCGGAUGCCAUAGAGCCUCCGGUGAAGUCGUGUGAUUUGCUGGAAGACGAACGCGAGGAAAGCAGCUCGAAAAAACGAGAAAACCACGAUCCCGGCUAUGAUCUGGAGCCCCUGGCGAAACGAGGACCUCUUAAAUCGGAAAUUCACAGCUUUUUCGCGCCGAGAUCUGCCAAGAAACCUGUGGUGUCUCUGGAUGGGGAAGCCGACUCCGUGGAAGUCAACUGUGUGGAAAUGGCGGUGGAAUCCGAGAAGAAACAACGCAAAAAUCGCAGAUAUUCAGCGUACUUUGGAUCUGCGGAAAAGGAGGUGGAAUCUAUUUCCAAACCACUUGAAGCUGAGAAGAAGAGAUCGCGAAGAUCCUCUGCAUAUUCCGGAAACUCCGUGGAAUCGAAAUCUCUGGAAUCGAAAUCUCUGGAUAAGGAGGUGGAGCCUAAGGUCCGAACAGCUCGGAAAUCAAUGGCUGCAAAAUCCGUGGAACCAAAAACCCUGGAAAAAGAUGCCGAGCCAUCUCGGAAAUCUGAGUCUCCGGAAAAAACCGUGGAGCCUCCUGCAAAAUCAUCGGAAGAGAUCAAAGAGGAGAAGAAGAAACUCAAAAUCCGUAGAUCUUCUGCGUACUUCAGAGUUGCGAAGCCCCUGCCCACUUCUGACGACGCAGCGCCGGAAACCGAGGAAGAAAUUGUGGUUAUUUCGAGUCCUGAGGCGCCGGAAAAUGGGAAAUUGGCGACGAUUUUUUCGAAAUCAACUCCAGUAGUGGGAAAUAAGAAGAUGCUAGAGCUGAAAAAGGCGGAGACCAAAUCAACUCCACCAACAAGCCAAAAGCCCAGCAGCUCCGGCCCAGUUUUCUCGAUUUUCUCUCCAAAACCUGUGAAGCCUGCAGUCACUCCAAAAGUGACAACUCUAUCGGAUAGCCCAAUGGGAUCAGUUUCAGGCCCGCCGAGCUCCAGCUUCUCCAAAAAGAGCAACGGAGUCCGUCGAAAAGAGCAUUGGGGAGAUUUGUGCGCUGAAACCUAUCAGUUUUUCGAGAAAAUCCCAAUUUUGCCAGCGAUUUUCGAGGAAUUCGCAGAAAUCGACGAUGGGAAGAUCUUCAAAUCUAGAAGUUUCGACCCAAAAAUUCUAGAUUCAACUGGGAUUGUCUCUGAGCUUCAGGAGGAUCUCCUUGAGCUCCAUAAGCCCUACGAGCGAAGCCGGGAACUCACAAUGGCUCAAAAUCCGCCGGAUUCAUCGCUGGAAAAGCUGGAAGUGCCCCAAAAUAGCUGCACAACAACAAUAUAUCCGUCGACGAUGGAUUCACUGGUAGAAGGAGCCGAAGAAGAGCCAACGGUGCGGGGAUGGCUCCGAAGAUGGAAGCGUCGAGUGCGGAAAGCCAUGGAGCGAGAGAUUGCGGAGCAGCAGGGGAAGAAGAAAAAGAGGAAGCGACGGGAUGAGGAUCAUGAAUCCGAUGAGGAUUAUGAAGUGGAGCAUCAGGAUGAUGAUCUGGAGAAUCCUCUGGUGUUGAUUGGACCGUCUGGAGUUGGAAAGACCGCCUUGUUCCGUGCUCUCGCCAAGCAAGAAAACAUGCGUAUAAUCUCAAUUGGCCCGGAAACCGGCAGAAGUGGCUCAGAGAUCAAGAGAAACCUUCAGGAGGCUCUCCGUUCUCAUCGUGUGGAUCAGCAGCCGCAUCCGACUCGUACCAUCCCGUUUUACAAGACAAUUCCGCGUGAAACUCCAGCACCACCACCACAACUGGCGCCAAAGGAUUUUGUGCAGAGUCUAGUGGUCUUUGAGCAUGUCGAUGUGUUCUUUGAGACUCUCGAUCGUCAUGGGAUCCUUGGACUUCUGGAAGCUGUGAAUGAAGCUGCCGUGCCGGUUGUGUUCACUUGUGAGCAAGAAUGGCCACGACGAUGGGGACAAGUUGAGCUACGGAGGCCCCAUUUGGAGAUUUGCUUGAAUAGAAAUCAAUGCAGAGUACAGAAAUAUGUACAGAAUCUCGUCUACUCGUGCCGUAACGUGAUUAUCGACGACGCGACGAUCAAGCAGCUCUCCGAGUCCGUGAAUCACGAUCUGAGUGCUCUCCUCCAUCAAGCUCAUCUUUUCUCGCUGGCUCCACACCGCCCAUUCCCACUUACAACUCGCCAUCUCGUUUCAACCGGAUUCUCCGAGCACUGGGAAAAGCCACGUUGCAGCUUAACCAAGACACAGGAACGAAUGGAGGAGCUCUUCGAGCAGUACGCGGAUGUUCUCCCAGACGGAGCAGUGGCUCUGAGCCGCUCACCGGGAGUGGAGAAACUAUGGGAUACGGAUCGCCAGAAGCUCGCGGAAUCUCAGGCUGGAUAUUCGGAAGGUGUCCGGAACGCUUACGAGGCUCUCAAUGGACGAUUUUCGCGGCGAGACCUGGUUCAAGAUGUGCUCCCGAUGCUCGUGCCAAUGGAUCGUGUCGAACGUCAGAAACGGGUCCGAUCACGGCGACACUUGCAUCGAUUCAAGCAGUACUCGAAGGACUUCCCGAUGGACGGAGAUCAACUGAUAAAUGUGGUUGGCGGAUGGAGCAUGAGCCUUUGAAGCCAAGCAUUUCUAUUAUUUUUCUGUCAAAUAAUUUAUUUUUUUCCCAUUAAUUUAUUUUUUCUGUAUAAUAGUUUAUUUAUUUAUUUAUUUUAUUUUCAAUUCCCCCAAUACCGCAAAAAUUAACAUCGUUGUGAAUGAAAAUGGGGCAGCUUUAAAU